AUGAAGGAAUUAAUCAGAAAUUGAUUCAUCCUUUGUCAUUUGUUCAAGAAUACGAAUUGUAUAUAAUAUACGUUUUCUGAAUGGAGAAGUACAUUUUAAUGGUUUAUCCAUUUUUUUUUUAUCAUAUCAUUUAUCCACACUUACAUCAUUCAUUCUUUGGAUUUACCCUCUUCGCACGCAUACAUCCAUAUAUUCUCUCUGAUGAUGAUAGACCCCUCCCAUAUUCUGUUGGAUUGGCAAAGAUGAUACUCUCACUUUUUUCUCGUCCGAGGUAAUAAAAGUCACGAAAGGUGAAGAUGAUGCGACUAGUUUACAUUUUGAAAUCAAAGGCAACGCAUUUUCCUGAUAGUCUACUAUUAUUGUAGUGUUUCCAUAUAAGAGUCUUCUUUCUUCAUCGUCAAGAUGAUCCGGAAACCGAUCUCCAUUCUUCUUCUUUGCACCAUUCUUUUCCUAGGAUUAAACACCUGUGGAGGUCAAUUUCAACGACCUUUUCCGACCACAAAUCGAGGACAAUCACAAUUCGGUGGCCAAUCACAAUUUCAACAAAAAUCUAGUGGACAAUUUCAAUCGCAAUUUAAUACUGGACAAUCACAAUUUCAAUCGAAAUCAACUGGUCAAUCACAAUUUUUAUCUAAUCAAAUAGAUCAAAAUCGUAAUGUUCCAUUGCAAAAAUCACAAGUUUCCUGUCCAGAGAGAACUGGAAGAUUUCCCGUUGCCUCACAAUGUGAUGCUUAUAUAGAAUGUAUCGAUGGCGUUGGUGAAGAAAAACUUUGUCCCGAGGGAUUAUUAUUUAAUCCAAAUGUACGAUUUAAUUAUCCUUGUGGUUAUCCAAUUGAUGUUCAAUGCUUGGGUCGAUCAAAUCUUCAACCAGCAAAACCAACUGAAGAUUGUCCACAUCAAUAUGGUUAUUUUAAAGUUGGUGAUCAAAAAAAUUGUGGUAAAUUUAUGAAUUGUGCUGAUGGUGUGGGAUAUAUUUUCGAUUGUCCCGAAGGUUUGGCUUAUAAUUCAGAAACAUAUCGAUGUGAUUGGCCCGAUCAAGUUACAGAUUGUGAUGCUGAAGCUUACUUGGGAUUCAGUUGUCCAAAUGCUAGAGAAAGUGGUUUUCUCACCGGAGAAAUAAGAUUCUAUCGAAGUCCCUCAGAUUGUCAACGUUAUUUCACUUGCGUUAAUGGACGUCCGCGACUUCAAAAUUGUGGCGAAGGAAAUGCAUUUAACGAUCUUAUAAAUGCUUGCGAUGCUGUUGAAAACGUUACCGGAUGUAAUACGGGAUUUGAGAAACGUGUACCAAACACUUUUCUACAAGGCAAUACUCAAGGCUUCCAACAACGAGGAUCAAAUAAUCAACAAUUAAAUAAUUUCCAACAAUUUAGAACAAAUCAACAAACUGGAGGAAAUAAUUACCAACAAUCUGGUUUAUCGUCAAAAUCACGUUUUGGCAGAUUUUAAAUUAUACACAGAAUAUAUAUAUCUAUAUUUUAUAUUCUCGCAAAAAUCUCUUUCCAAAAAUAAUCAAAACUAUUUAUAUAAGUUUUUUCUUCCACAAAGACAUUUUUUUUCCCCCAUCAUUCAUUGGUGUAUAACAAUCUUAUAUUGCGUCUUUGUUCGAUAAACUGUAUAUUUAUUACUAAGUAAAUAUAUCUCAUGUACAAAUAUGUAUAGUUCAUCUUCUUUUUUUUAUAUAAUUAUUGUAUAGAGAAUUAUUGAAAAUAAACUAUAUAAUUCUUUUUCUCGAAAAAA